ACCCCCAAAAUUCCAGAGUUUUGUCCGGGGGAGGGUUUCACGAUGACCGCCAAGCACCGUGUCCCGGGCAGCAGCUUUCCACCUCCGGGCUCUCAAGGAUCAUAUGUUGAGUAGAAUACCAGAGAAGCUUGCGAGUUCAGCUGCUGCAGCUACAAAAUGAUCUUGCCUCUUUAGUUGGCACUUGGCAGCUUGGUGAUCAGUUCAAUUCCAUACCUCGUGUAGAUUUUCCCUUUCCAGAUGUCUCCCACCAUCAUUACCAGAUUUUGUUGAGCCUGGUAGAUAUGAGAUUGCUAGUCUACCUAAUGGUAUCAAAAUUGCCUCAGAAACAUCAGUGCUUCAUGAGGGUUAUACAUUGAUAAUGGUUCAAUUAUGAGUCACCAAACUGUUUUGGGACCACUGUUCUGCUUGAGCGUAGGGCAUUCAAGAGCACAACAAACUGUAGCUAUUUGUGGGUUGUGAUAGAAUUGGAGGAAAUUGGUGGCCAUGUGCAAGCCUCAGCUUCUAGGGAGCCAAUUUGUAACACCUUUAGUGCUCUGAAGACUUGUGUUCCUGAAAUGGUAAAACUACUUAUUAUAUGAGGAAACCUGCCCUCUUGGAUUGGAAGGUCAAUGAACAGAAGGUGAAAGCAGAAAUAGCUGAAGCUUCCAACAAUCCUCAAAGCUUGCUUUCGGAGGCAAUUCACUCUGCUGGCUAAGUGGAUAUUCUGUUGCCUUCGCAAAUCCUCUUCUAGUUCCAGAAUCCACUAUAAGCAGAUUGAAUAGUACAAUUCUUGUGGAAUUUAUAUCAGUGAGUCAAAGAAAGCUUGAUAUUUCAGUAUGCUCUAUAUUCCAAUGCCAGUCAUAUCCCUUUUUUAAAAUGUUUUGCCUAGAUUUAUGUAUCUUUACUGGAUUUUGGGAAAAUUGUGCUGCUCCUCACUUGGUACUUUCAGCAUCUGGAGUUGAGCAUGGGGAACUGAUUUAUCAGUAGAUUGCUUUUGUCAGAUCUUUCUAAAAUCCAUUACCUUGAAGAGCCAAAGUCUGCAUACAUUGGAGGAUGUUAUUGCAUUUGACGUUUUAAACUUCCUGGUGGUUAGGCAGAAGAAGAAGGAAGCUAUGGUUUUGAAUGUCCUCCAGAGCUCAGGUUUUGUACCAAAGACUUUUGAUUUAGCAGCCAAGGAACUUAUUGCAGUUGCAACACUAGGGGAAGUUGACCUGAAACAACUAGGUUGUGCUAAACUGUUGACAAAAAUUGCAAUCUUGAUGAACUUGGAAUCCAGAAUUGUUGCCUCAGAGGAUAUUCGUAGACAAGUUUUGACAUAUGGGAAAGGAAACCUGUGGAACAUUUCUUAAAUGCCGUUCAAGAAGUCAUACUGAAAGAUACUUCUUCUAUAGCCCAAAAGCUUCUAUUAUCCCCCCUCACAAUGGCAUCAUAUGGAAACGUUAUUAAUGUCUCAAGUUACAAUUCAGUUAGCAGCAAGUUGUAAACGAUCAUAUGGAAACGGUAUUUCCAAGUCUAGAAUUUAUAUACUGUUUUGUUGCAACAAAACACAUGCUUUUUACACAAUUGGAAAGCUAUGGUGAUCUUUCUUCGUUUUGUUACUAUUUUGCUGUUAUUAAUGCAAGUUCAAGUAAACGAGAUUGCUUUCUUGUCUCAAACUGGGCAGUUAUCUAAACUGUUUUUUGUACUGUUGUGCGUCUGCAAUUCCUUGGAGCUAUUUCAUUGCAAGAUGUAGUUGUUGUAAAUAAGGAGUCUAGACGUUGGCCUAUUUAAAAUAAAUAGUUUAUCCCAAG